AUGGCAGGAAGUUUUCUUGUCGUAAUGUAUGAGUACUCGCCAGUCUUCUACAUUUGCGUGGUUUCUUUGUGUUUUCUUGUUACAGCCGCCAGGGUCCUUGGCUGGGUUGGGUUUGAUUUUCCGGUGAUCUUGCGUAGCUCCGAUGACACAGAGUCUAUCCUACCAACUCCCGAAAAGCAAAUGGUCCAGGUGACAAAUCCUUUUUCCCUGGAGAUGGGUUCGGGAAUGGCAUCUGUUGCAGAUGGCGUGGGGUUGACGCCAUCUUGCUUGGAACCCUGUGUCUUGAGCUGUUUUUGGGGUUGUGAGGUCAGUGUCCUGCAGCAAGCAUUGCAGGCCCACCAGUCUGGUCCCAGGUUCAGCACCCCCUGUCAUUUCCAGGAGGCACUGCACCCUAGUUAUCAGCACUUGGAGACCUUCUUUAUUGGCAGUGAAGACAGAGAAGAAAUCUUCACUCAUAUUCCGGCCGAUCACGGAAUCACCAAUUUUGGCCCGUUGCCGAGGCGGCGCUAUCCUCUCGUGGCAGUGUUAACCUUAGCGGAAAGAGACGCCAGAAACACAUAUAACAUAAUAGCCAAAGUCACUGUAAUUCAUGUACCAGAUGAUCAAUACAACCUUUCCGCAAGGAUCCUCUUCCAGUACCUUCUCACCUCACAAGGGAACUUGUACGAGUUAAAGGCGCUCUUCAUGUCGGCAAACAGCAGCGGUGAAUCUGUUCAUCCUGACGCCGACCCGAUGAUCCGUCCCAGCGUGCCGGAGCGUGAAGAGGAAACCAAGGAAGAGGUGACAUCAGUGGUAGAAGAUGAUGACGAGGAAGACGAUGAAGACUGGUCAGAGGGGCGGGGCAGAGACUGUGUGGUGUGUCAGAAUGCAGCAAUCAACAGGGUGUUGCUUCCCUGCAGACAUGCUUGUGUGUGUAAUAGCUGUGCCUCUCACUUCCAACAGUGCCCCAUAUGUAGGGCUUUCAUCCAAGAGUCCUUUGCUCUGACUCUUGCUCCAGCUGCAGCGCAACAAUGA